AUGGAUUGCAUUUUUAUUUACAUCAUUAUGUUUUUUAAGCUGAUAAGGUUGUCGUUAUUAGGCACAAAUAAAAAUGCUGAUGACCUUAGUGAUUCGACACCUCAGUUAACAGGAAAAAGGAAAAAAUUAGAUCCUACCGAAGAUCUUAAAAACUGUUUUAAAAGAAGCUGUAAUAAUUUUUCAUCACUUGAAAAUAAUUCAGACAACACUCUAAAAAAAAUUGCUACUACAAGUUGUCAUUCAAAAAAUAAUUACGAUUCUGUAAAAACUCCCAAUUGUCAUGGCAUUAAGACUGAGGAAAGUUCAAGUUUCAAUCCUUCUGAUUUGCCUUUAAAAUUAAGUCUAAAAAGUAGAGAUUCUCUGAGUAACUGUGCUUCAAAUACUGAUUUUUUAAAGGAAAAUAAAUUAUGCGCUAAAAAGAACUCAAAUAUGUAUAACACUUCAGAAGCUAUACCGUCUGUUAAGUGUACAAAUUGCACUUUAGAACGAUGUACUUGUAAAGUUAUAGUUAAACACACAGAUUCUGCAUCAAAUCCCAUUGUUAGGGAUACGUUAAUCAAAAGUUAUGAGGCUAAAAUCUGUCUUUUAGUAAAAAAACUUGAGAGAUUAUUUUUUGUUUCGGAUCGUUAUUAUUUAAAUUUUCCGCAAAUGAAAAAUAUAACAUUUUUUAAGAAUUUUUAUUUACUAAGUUUUACAAAUAUUUCUGACAAAGACAAAGAAAAAUUUAAAAAAAUCAAAAAGAUGUGCUCAGACAAAUUAAUUCCUGUAAAAUACGCCGAAUUAACUAUUAUUUCUAUGUUUCAAAACAUUCUUGGGCUUCGAAAUACUGAUAGCUGUGAGUUUCAAAUUAUAAUAACUUGUUUGAGACAUAUGUUAGUUGUUUUUAACGAAAUUAGUAAUUCUUUUGAUGAAAUUAAUAUAAAAUUGCGUGGAUUAAUCUUUUUUGAUGAUAGAAUUAGUUACCUUAAUUAUAAAAUUGCAAAACUUAUGACAAAUCUACCGUUAGAAAAUAUGAUUACUGAGAUAAGCAAUUUACUGAAAGUAAUCGCGAUUUUAGAUCAUACUAAAGCAAGUUUGUUAAAAAAUCUUAAGAUUCUUAAGGAAAAAUUUUUAAUUGGUCGAAAAAAUUUAGUAAACAUUGAAGCGUGUUUGUGGGAUCUUAAAAGUUUAUUUUUAAGUUAUGACAUUCUUAAUAUUUUACUAAUAAAUAAAAAUUUAUUUGGUAUAGUUUGA